CCUCAGUGCAGGAUAACGAAGUGCUGUUAAGCUUCGCUUCUUUCAAAAUAAAAAAGGCUUUUUUCCUGGGUGUUAGAUUUAUUCAGCGCCUUUGCUGUUAUCCUGCUUAUUACGCGACCUUUAAGGAUUAUACCAUCCCGUGUUAAUCUUAAAGAUUUGUCGGCAAUCACCACAUCUGCUGGCAAUGGAUGUGAUCGUGCGUCGCUGCCCGUUCUUGGCUGGUAUGCCCCAGGCCUUUUUCCAGCAAUCCAAAAAGUCUCUGGUCUCAUAUGCUCAGCGAUGCCCUAUCAUGAUGGAGCUGGCUUCAAAACCCAUGGCCCCUUCAAUGGCUCGGGCCCUUUGCUCCUCAUCUUUCUAUCAGAACACUGACACCAAGGCUGCAAGUGAUGCCCUUAAGCAGGAAGCUGAGUCUAAGCUGCCCACUGGUCAUCCCAUGCCACCACCUGGCCAAGUGGUGGCCUCAAAGUGCCCUUUCCUGGCUGCUGAGAUGAACCAGAAGGACAGUGGUGUGGUCCGUCAGGUUACCAUGGAGUUCCAGGAGGAUGUAGAGGAAGUACGCACCGUCCAGAAAGAAGUUAUACCAGCCCAACUGAAGCAGCCGUGCUUGGCCAAUGUUACCAAAAAUGGGGAACAAAAUAAUUUAUUGAAAACUCUUCUGAAGCAGCAACCUAAGAGGGUCACCCACUUGCUGCAGGACAACUUGCUUAGCCGAAUGUCACGCUUCCAAUACGAUGACUUUUUUGAGAAGAAGAUUGAAGAGAAGAAGAGCGAUCACACAUAUCGUGUGUUUAAGACUGUGAAUCGUCUGGCCACUGACUUCCCGAUGGCUGACGACUUCACAGGCUCUCUGGAGGAGAAAAGGGAGGUGUCUGUUUGGUGCAGCAAUGACUACCUGGGAAUGAGUCGACACCCUUUAGUUGUGCAAUCUAUCAUGGAUAAUUUACAGAAGCAUGGGUCAGGGGCAGGAGGUACCAGGAAUAUCUCUGGGACCAGUAAGUUUCACGUGGAACUGGAGCACGAGUUGGCUGACCUUCACAAGAAGGACGCAGCACUGCUCUUCACUUCCUGCUUUGUUGCAAACGACUCCACCCUUUUCACCCUUGCUAAAAUGCUACCUGGUUGCGAGAUUUACUCGGACUCAGGCAACCAUGCGUCAAUGAUUCAGGGUAUCAGGAACAGCGGUGCUAAAAAGUUUAUAUUCCGCCACAAUGAUGUGGCUCAUCUACGAGAGCUGCUGCAGAAAGGAGACCCCACCAAACCCAAAAUCGUGGCCUUUGAAACCGUCCACUCCAUGGAUGGUGCUGUGUGUCCGCUAGAGGAGAUGUGUGACUUGGCUCAUGAGUUCGGUGCCAUCACCUUUGUAGAUGAGGUUCAUGCUGUGGGUCUGUAUGGUGCCAGAGGAGGCGGCAUCGGUGACAGGGAUGGCGUCAUGGGCAAGAUGGAUAUUAUUUCAGGAACUCUAGGCAAAGCUUUUGGUUGUGUGGGUGGCUACAUUGCCAGUACCUCUGCACUGGUGGACACAGUGCGCUCCUAUGCUGCUGGUUUCAUCUUCACCACGUCUCUGCCGCCGAUGCUUUUGGCUGGAGCCAGGCAGUCCAUCCAGAUUCUUAAAAGUGAAGAAGGUCGCAUGCUGAGACGUAAACACCAGCGUAACGUGAAGCUGCUCAGACAAAUGCUGAUGGACUCGGGGCUGCCUGUUGUGCACUGUCCCAGCCACAUCAUCCCUAUCCGGGUGGCAAAUGCUGAGAAAAACACGGAGGUCUGUGACAUCAUGAUGAGUCGCCACAACAUCUAUGUGCAGGCCAUCAACUAUCCCACUGUUGCAAGAGGAGAGGAGCUCCUGCGCAUCGCUCCGACUCCUCAUCACACCCCAGAGAUGAUGAAAUACUUUGUUGAGAGGCUGGUGCAGACAUGGAAGGAGGUGGGUCUGGGCCUGAAGCCCCACUCCUCAGCAGAGUGCACGUUCUGCCAGCAGCCGCUGCACUUUGAGCUCAUGAGUGAGCGGGAAAUCUCCUACUUCAGUGGCCUCAGCCACCCUAUCUCAGCUUGCGCUUAACACUACUUUAACCACUGCUCGCUUGAGAUGGCACAUAACACACAUAGUCCUCUAUCACUGUCAUAGAAUGUAUUAAUUGUAUUUUGAUAAUUCCAAUUAUGUGAGCUAUUUAAAAUGUUCUAUGUUCAGAUGUUCUAUAAGCUUCAAAUAAAAUAUAAGAAAUGA